AUGUUGAGGACCAAUCAACGAAGCGUCUAUGAUAAUGUGGAAUUGCAGGAGAAAAAGCAGAAGUAUCGGAACUAUCACAAACAGCUUGUUCAUUAUCAUCAAGAGUUGAGGAGUUGGAUAAUACCAAAUGUGCUCUACAAGAAGCUCAAGACUUAG